ACAUUUACAAACCAAUGCUGGCUUUAAACAAGGCGCUAAUCAAUGUAAGUUGAUAUUUAACAGAUUGCUGAGCAACUGCCAAUCUCUUCCUCUCAGGUUUUCAGCCAUUCACAGUAGUGAAGUUUCUCCUUUUUUGGACAAGCAAGCUAAUUUUUUUUCUAAUUCAGAUAUAAGUUACAUUAUAAGGACAUGGACCUCUGCCUGACACUCCUGUUGAUCUGUCUCUGCAGCCAAGGAACCACUAAUGCUGAGGUGGCAGAAGAUCAGUCCAUCCCUCUGGUGCCUCUUAUUCCUCUGAUUCCCAGUCACCCCAAAGAUAAUGAGACGGCAAAUCCUGCAAAUACCACAGAAUCAAGCAACCAACCAGCAACCAUUGCAACCACAACAGAUGAAGAAGAAGAAGAAGAUGAUUGUCAGUUGAUUGGAAGGAACCCAGAGUCCUUACAGGCUAUCACUGCUGCCAUCCAAAAGCUGGGUGUGCAGUUGCUGCAGAAUCUGGAGAUAACGCCUGAGCAGCCAAAUCUUAUUUUAUCUCCCCUAAGCAUAUCCCUUGCCCUGUCUCAACUGGCUUUAGGUGCAAAAAAUGAGACAGAGGAGCUGCUGAUGCACCAUCUCCAUGAAAACACUGUUCCCUGCUACCAUCAGUCUUUGCAUAAUGUUUUAAAGCAGCUUAAAAACAAUGACGUCCAAAUUGCCACACGCAUCUUUCUACGCCAAGGGUUUGAGGCAAAGCAAGAGUUUGUAAGUGAAUCCCAGCGCUUAUAUGACUCAGAACCUGCAAUUGUAGAGAGCCUGCAGCAGAUAAACAACUGGGUAGAGAAUGCAACACAAGGAAAGAUGACAGACUUCCUGUCUGCCUUACCACCCAAUCUGCUCCUCAUGCUCAUUAAUGCAGUUCAUUUUAAAGGAGAAUGGCAAGCUCAGUUUGAUCCACGCUUUACUUCCAGAGGUGUGUUCUACCUUGAUGACAUGCACAUGGUGGAUGUUGAAGUGAUGGAAGAUGCCAAACAUCCCCUGAGUUUAUUUAUUGAUAAUGAACUGGAGGCUCAGAUAGCAAGGUUUCCCUUCAUGAAGAUGAUGAGUUUAUUGGUGAUCAUGCCUCUAUCUGGCCAAGUGAAUGUGUCUUCACUUUCUGCAAAGCUGAAUAUCUCUGACUUGUACGAACGUCUGCCCAAAGAAAGAGCCGUUCAAGUUAAAGUUCCCAAAUUCAAACUGGAGUAUUCUCAAGAGUUACAAGAUGUUCUUACCAAAUUUGGUCUUGGAGAAAUGUUCCUGAAUCCCAACUUGGCUGAGAUUGCAGAUGGCCCCCUGCUGGUGUCCAGCGUGAUGCACAAGUCCAGCAUGGAGAUAAACGAGGAGGGAGCAGAGGCUGCUGCAGCUACCACUGUGGUCAUCUCAAGAGCAUCUAAUCCUAUUUUCCAUCUCAGUCAACCUUUCUUCUUUGUUCUUUUGGAUGAUGUAACUCAAGUACCGAUCUUCAUGGGGGUCAUCAACAAUCCCAAUCCUGGAGCCCCAAUCCUGCAAAGAGGAGAAUUUGGAAACAAAGAUAAAGUUAUGUUCCCAAUCGACAAGGAUCACAUGGGAUCAUUUGGAAGUCCUCCAAAGUAGGAACUUAAAAACCUGUACAGCUCAUCCUGGGAAACGCAGAUUAAUACAUUUAUUAUUGUACAGACCAAUUUUAAUUUAGCUGGAUUAAAAUAUUAGUCAAGACUGGCUUCAUUUGUUUCUUUCUUUACAAAACGAAUACAGCGAAGAGUUUCUCAUUCACUUUUAAAUUACAACAUCCCAAUAAAAUCAUUUUUCUGCAUGUGGUGACCAAGAAAUUUAACAAAAGGAUCAUAAGUAAAUUCACAAAAAGGUUCCAUUAUAGUAGUUUAAUUUCAUUAUUGAUGCAUUUUCCAAAAUACCAAUGUGUAAAGCCAAUAUAAAUCUGAUAUAAUGUUUUUACUGCAUAAGUGUGUAUGUUCCUGAGUUUUGUAAUUUGUUAUCCAGUGUGGGUGAAUAAAUUUAAUUUGUCUAAA